ACACGCUUUUCUCAUCAACUCAAUGCGUCCUUGGACGAAAAUGGAUCGACGGUAGCUCCAGUCGCCGUGGCGGCUGUAAAUGCUGUGGGGCCCAUGUAAAUAUUGCUGCAUUCAUUCGACAGCUGACAUUGUCACGUGCAUUGCUCUAAUGUGAAAGGCGACAUCUGUCGAGCUAACCAAGCCAUAGCCGCUGCUAAUUCUGAGAUCUUGUUGUGGCGACGGCUUCUCCAAGCUCGAUUUCCUGGGGGCCGUGGGAGUCGAGGCUUUCGGAAACCACGGCAAGCCUGCUGCCGUCAUGAAGGUGGAGCUGGGCAGCGCCGCAGACAUUCACUUUGCCGUGACCAGCCAUAACAUCGAAGCCAUCGUCAGGCACGUCUCUUUGGGAGGCGACGUCAACGCCAAGCUCCAGGGAGCGACGCCUCUAGGAGCAGCGUUGUGCAGGAAAGCAUGGGACACUGCACAGAUUCUGCUGUCCCUUGGAGCUGAUGUGAACCAGUUCAGUCGAGACAGUGUUGGCCGUGAGGAACCACCGCUGUGCAUUGUCUGCCGCCUGGGAAAUGUCGACAUAGCAAAGAUGCUCCUUCGAAACCCUAGCAUCCGCGUGUGCCGUAGGGACAUGUUUGGCAAGACCCCCCUCUGGCUUGCCACCAAGCAUGGACGGCGCGACCUCGUGUACCUUCUCCUCGUCCACAACUCCAGCGUGCGGGGCACCACAUGCUUCGCCGACUGCCCCAUAUGGCUGUGUGCCCGCUACGGUGCGCGGCACACUAUCGCCGACAUGCUUCUUGCUGCCGGAGCACCCCACGGCUCCCGCGACGGAGCAGGGAAGGACGAUGUGGCCUGGGCGAUGGAGCGUGGGGACGUAAAGCUGCUGACUGUGUUUCGGCUGGCUGGUUUUGGUGCCGGUAAAGUGUCGCCACCGAGCCUGCAGUGGCUGGCUAGGCGGGCCUACUGGAUAGGCCAGGAGGGUAGGAGGGAACCAAAGGGUCGGGACCUUGAGGGCAUGCCCAGAAGAAUCAGAGAUUAUGUGAUGCUCAAGGACAUCUACACGCAAAGCAGUCAGCGCUGAUGUCAUGGGGCCAUUACCUGAUUAUUUUUUCGAAGAAAUCGCUGCUCACACACCGUCUCAACAACUCCACAGUGCAGCAAAGGCUAGGGCUUUUGUCAGGACAAACGAUCGCCUUGUCACCUUUCUUGUGUCUGUUGUCCUAACGCUGCAGUUAUUGCUUUAAGUAUGAACUGACUAGCUCAAGAAUAAGUGUUGCUAAGCAAUCCUUAAAAAGAGCUGGCUGUGUAGUCUGUGAAGGGAAGGAGGGCUUGCCCAUUGUGUACUGCUGAUCCUUGUGUUAAACUUCCAUUCAGUUGGCAUCACGUGGAGGGUGAUCAGAGGAGGUUAUUCAAGGAGCCCCUUCUUCUGGUUCUUCCUUCUAAUUGGCUGGCAUGACCUGUAGCUUUCACUGCGCUGCCUGGAGUUGGCGAGAGUAUAGAUAUUGCAUGCGUAGCCCUCAGAGUUGUGGGUCCUCAAGUUGCACAUGAUUCCGCUGCAGCAGUGUGUGGUGACCUGUGUGUUUGACACCCAGCGCGGGCACGUUCGGGCUGUGUGUACUGGACGUCUUGUUAGGCAUGAAACAAAUACAGUUGGAAGGAAACCUGGGCCAAAGCUCCACAUUAGGAAAAAGACACCCGAUGAAGCCGUAUCAGCGCAAAUAAAACAAAGACAAAGCACCACGGGCACUCAAAAUGUCCGAUCUUCUGUUCUUUGUGUCUGUUUUAUUUGCGCUGAAACGGCUUCAUGAGGUAUCAACCAACUAGCCCAAGAACAAAUUAUUUUAUAUUAGGAAUAAGACAGGUGCAUGGGAACCUGCUUAAGAAUGUUACUAUCAACAUUGAAAACUUAAGAUGCACAGUACCUGUGAGAAAAAAACAUAUUUCUACAGCCUGGGCAUUCAUCCUGGCACUCUAAUUUAAAAUCUGUACUGGUAUACAGGAACAAAAAGUGUCGUGCAGUUUUACUGGCUGGAGGCACAAACUAUACAGAAAUUCAACUUUUUCACGGAACUGACAUCCUGUAAACUUCUGACACCUUAUGUGCUUGCAUUGUUUUAUUGCAGCCAAAUAUAUGAUACUUGGACCCAUAAAGAGCUCAGCAGGUUAUUAUUAAUUCAGAGUACGAAACUACAUGUGUACAAACACAGACACCAGGAGAAUGCACAGGAAAAAGAAAGAUGCUCAUUUUUGUGUCGUCAUUUUCGUUUCUCAUGUGCCCAUGUUUCCUAGCUCAACUUUUUGUUCUACAACACUUAAAUGAAAAGAAAAAAAAAACAGCAGUAUUGGAAGAGUAAUGUAGGGAUGCGGGACAUGUUAAUUAGCUUGAUUAAAACUUAAGCGUGCAAUAAUACACUGGUAGGGGAAUAUGAAUUUCACUCUUAUUAUUAACAAAGUUCUGUACGUUUACACAUGUAUUUGAAAGGACCUGUUUGCAUUCUACUUGUUCGCUAUAGUACAGUCGCCCACAAAAGUUUGUAGAAUAUGGGUUUCUUGACAAAUAGAAAUAUCUGUUCUGUUAAGGCAUGGUGCUACUGUGGUCCACCUUGUAGGUCACGAAAGCUACCACAGAUUGAAACUGUGAACUUGAGGCUGCGCACCGAGACUUCGUGGGAAUUCAAGCUUUUCGCAAAUGCGAUGUCCUGUAAACAUUUGUUGCAUACUGUACAUUUAGUAUGCAGAGGUCAUCUUUUUUUUUUUUUUUUUUUUCUCUCUGUCCCUUCUUAUUGUUGAGCCUUUUCCUGUGCAUCCUUCUGCCUGUCAGUUUAUUUACUUUUUUUUCUUAAAGGUACAAGUGCAGCAUUUAGUGAGCACAAGCUUGCCAAACAACAUGCCUAUAUUGUGUGUCGGUUGGUGCAAACGAGUGGGAAGGUUCAAUUACUGUCACAAACAGCAUAAUAUAUGACAGGUUUCACUGUAAACUGUUUGCUGAACUGAAACAUAGAUAGAGCUGUCAUUAAUGGAUACUGCCCAUUUUCGUCCAUGGAGAAAGCACUGCCUAGAUAUUGCAUACAUAGAGAGACUUAAGAUUUAUAAGGGACCCAAAAUUUUACUUUUUCAAUAUUUGCUUUUGUACACAGUUACUUACCUCUGUGCUUGGCACGUGAAAGUGACCCAAUUAUAUGCAGUCACGAAGCCACUGGCUUCAUGCAGGUCAGACAAGUGCAGGUCAAUUAAAACCAGUAAAGUGAAUUUGGUUGGCAGUAAUGUUAACGCUGUAUGCUGACAGCAACUGGUGCAACUAUACAAGCCUGUUCUGCAAAACCCAGAUGACCUGUUGACGUCAGGUUCUUAUGACAUCAUACAUAAAGGAUAUGAGUCGUAGUUUUUCUGUCCACUAGCUUGAUUAAGAGAAAAGGUGAGGUUGUGUACUGGAACGUGCAGACAUAAAUGAUGAAGCACUUGCCAGCUGUUUGCCCAUUUUGCUGCAUGAUCAGUGCGUGCUAGUGCUGGUGUCAAGCUAACUAGUGCUUGUGAGAAGUGUGGCUUAUACUGUUGAUGCUAUGCAGAGUUCACCCGCCCUACCUCCUAGAGACAUGGAAUAUCUGGUUUUUAUAAUACGAGUUUUUAUAAUCGCAUGUAACACAUGGUAUUGGCAUGUGACAUGGUCAUAACUGCUGGCCAUGUACUCACCUGUUGCUCACAACAGAUCUGAGCUCUGUACAUUGGCAUAGAGGUCAGCUGGUGAUGUGAUGUUCUUUUUUUUUUUUUGCUUAAAGAAUGGCUAGUUGUGUAGUUCAAAGUGAGAACUGGAGUGGUAACUGAGUGAAAAUGAUCUGGAUCAGUGAACUGGAUCAGGACAGAAGUGACAUGUUCUUGUGCCAUCUGCCGUGUCGACUUAGGGUUGAGUGGUUUUAUGCUUGUGCCGCAUGCCUGCUGUUACAAAAUCAGUUAUCCACAAUACUUAGGAUAAUUAUACCUUGCAUUGCUAAAGGAAGCUUUAAAUAUUAGGAUGAUAAAGAGACAUGUUAAAUGACCUUGCAAAUACGGUUGAUGCUUCUGAAAUUUGUGAAUAGGUCAGCUUUUCUGCAAGCUUGGGCGUGAUAAGCUGAAAAGGGUGCAAGAACGAAAGAAGGUUGGUGACAAUGGGGGGAGGGGGGGGGAGGUCACAUGGAAAUUGGUGUACCAGCUGCUUAUGAUACUGUAGGUUUUGGCAGCAUGUGCUGUGGGCUAGGUAAUUGGUUGGAAAGAAAAAAAGAAAGUUGUGUUGCAUCUGAAAGCGAGCAGAGAUUCAACCUUGUAUGUGAAGAUAUUGUGAAAGCUGCAAUGUGCAGUUGAGUUCUUCGGUUCAGGCACAAAAUUCGAACAACGGGAAAUGGGCCUUCGUUUUGUCAGUUUAGUUAACAUUCAUACUUGCACUACCUGGAAAUUGUGAGUUUCCUUACAAAAGAAUAAUCUACCAAUCUAAACUGAUUUGUUGUUUCUUGUUAGUUUUCCUUUCAAGCGGACCAGAUAUUUGAGUUAUGCUGUUGUUUCUCAAUAGGAUAAAGUGAGCAAGUUAGAAUGGUGUGUGAAGUUCACAUGACAAUUAAUGUAUUGAAAAGGCAGCGUCAUAUGUCACAUACCGUGAUGAGCUUAAUUACAGUGCUGAAGUGUUGCUCAGCUUAGAACAAAGGGUAAAAAAUGCACUCCUAUAUAAGAAAAGUCAGAACACACUAAUCUGCAAACAGUGUGAGCAUUGUUUUUUAACCAGACUUCAUCAACUUCAGCUGCAAGUCUCAAGUUGGCCAGAUUGCAUGGAUGUGCUUGAGUGAUGGCCUUGUUUAGGAGGUUUUAAAAUUUUGAGGUAUUUAGAUUUGCCAAACGUUCUUUUCAAACAGUGGGUGCUGCUGAAGCGUUAGUUAUUGUGCACAUGAAGUGUGAUAGUUUUUAUCACAGUACUCGCAGCACAUCAACAUAGUGUAGUUUAUGCAGAGCUUGGCAAAAAAACAUAUUCAGGCUCGUCCACUCAUCAAGGAAGCACCUAAUUAGCAUUCACUCUUAUAGCCGCUCAAGUUUUUUAGUGAAAGCCUGAAGAUAGAUUAUUCAUUUGAAAGCGUGAGAAGUUGGUAAUGCGUGGGUAUAGUACUAACUGUGCAAUAAGCUGGAUGAAGACAGUGUUUGUGUGGUUAACCGUUCUUAUUUUUUUUUUCAUGCACUGUUAGUAUAUCCACAUUCUUUCGUAUAUAGAUAUCUGCCUCAGGCAUCAUAUUGGCCACAUUUAUUGAUCAGUAUGAAAUAUAAGCGCGAGAGUUCUUUCAGAAUGAAAACUAGCAGCGUUUCCCAUGAUCUUCACUUUUGAAAUUGCCUUAAUAUAGAAUACGCCUUUCUUGUAAACGCUACACAGAUUUCAGCACUUUGCAAUAGAAUGCGAGGUUGUCAGAUGGUUUGUGCUAGCCUUGAGGAGCCGAUGUCUUUGAUGAAGCAAUCACUUUCCCGCUAGAGUAGCCUUUAUAUAUAUACAUAUAUAUAUUUUUUUUGGGGGGGGGGGGAUCACAUUUUACUACAGCGUUCUCGAUAAAUGAUGCAGUUAACUGUAUGCAAAUUAUGCUCCUUUGUGGUCUCUCUUUAAGAGGCCCCGACUGCAUUUGGGACCUGGAGGCAGCCGAAGCCUUAGCUAGAGAGGCUGCCCGGAACAAGUUUUAAAACAUACAGUAGCAUUUCUAUGUGGAAUGUGACCACAAUUUGCACCUAAUAUCAAUACUACAAUCACUUUGUUUACACUGUACUAUAUUGUAUAAGUACUAGAUAGUGACUGCCACCAUGGAAGGUACCCCUAUGUGCACCCUGCGUAAAAAGUUUGAAGCUGUCAGAAGUGGCAGCUUUUUUUUAUGGAUCUUCUGAAGGUACAAUUGAACUUCAGUAUAACAAAUUAUUUGAUACUGGAGUAAAUCUAAAACCUUCCUCACAGACAUCAGCAUGUCAUGAGUACAUGCUUACAAAAAACAUACUACAAUGGUAGGUAAAGGUAUUUCUUGCCAGAUGUGACUUUGUCAUAAUGAGGUUCGUUUGUACAUGGUAGCAACCGUUCGUUAUGCCUACAUAUUUUACUUCUCUUAGCAGAUGAAGUCUGUAAAGCUGUUUUCAUCUGUUAAGUUAAACUGUUUAUUCCUCUAGCUCCUGCGGAGAUAUAAUUCAUAAAAGAGCUUCUAUGCAGAUUAUAUGGUCAGUUUUUUUUCUCUGUGUAGUAACAUAUCUUUGGUUACUUUUGAAUGGCUGAUGUAGUUGCUUCUGUAGUACUCAAUUACUUUGACGACUUAUGAUCUCCGUGAAGCUGUUUUCACUGAAGUCGUGGGUGCAAUAGUACCAUAAUGAUAGCAGAUGGUAACAAAAAAGCAUUUAUGGUGCACUAUGUCAUCGAAGUUGCAUAUGUAUGGAAGACUUUCUGUGCCUUGAGAUUCUCAGUGUGAUGCUUUGAGUCGGUCGACGAGCUGUACACGCAAGUCUUUCUCAUUGUGCUGGUAUAUGUUUGCAGUAGACCAAAGACUCGGCCUUGUAGCCUGUUUAUCAAGACAACGGGGAAGGAAGUUGCGGCUGAAGAUUUUUGUCAUUGUCGUCGCCGUCUUAUUUAUCGCAAGAUCGAGUUUGUAGUGUGAUGUGUUGGCUGGGGAAUGUUUGAAGAUGUUCGCUAUUUUCACUGCUGUCUUACUAUUUAUUGCGUUGAGAAUACCCUACACCAUGCAGUCUGUGAAACAGUGCUGUAUUCUCUCUAGUCAAUUUUGUUGAUCAGUUAGCACUGCUGUCUUGUAAUUUAAAAGUGUGGAUGAAUGGUGAUGUCUUUGAACGAAAUCUCUUUCCAUUCGACGUCAGUUUGCAUGCUGAACCUAUUAGAAAGAAUUUCCUAUAAUUAGCUUUAGGCUUACAACUAGACCUCUUGUAAUAGCAGGUUUAAAAAAGUCUAGUAAGAUAGAGCUCCACCUUGAUGAGGGUUGCUGGUUUCAGCGGUUAUUGUAUGAGUGAUGUAUGAGGAAAAGUAAUGUACUGUGCGUCACAGAAGUUUCCAUGCCAAAGUGGUAGCAGCCUGCUCAAACAUAUCACGUGGAAGCAGUAAGCCGACUUGAACAUGUAGAGGAUUCCAGAGUUCUCUGUUACUCUGAAGUCGUGCGUUUUAGCAGGCAGUAGUACUGCUACGUGGCAGUAUCUUAGAGCCAGCAGCAGGUGAUCUGGCCUGGUAACUUUUGUGACAUAUAGUAGUAUAGUCGUGCCGUUAUGGAGGUGGUUGUGACCACAUCGACCAGAUCGGCCUGACCUUGAUCUCCUGAAAAAGAGAUGUUGCAGGAUGUAAAAAAGGUAGAGAAGAAUCUAAAUCUAUGCACGUCCCAGAACUCUUUGCAAAAGAUUUGGUGCAUCAGGACAUUGUAAUCCAGCUUGCUUAAGCCUAAAGUGAUCACCUUCAUUUUGUGCGCGACUGUACAGUCAUAGGCUACGUAACUGUGAACACAGGAUCGCAUACCACUUGAUGGAGGCAGUGCACUCUUGUGAGCGGAUGGUGCAUUCUCAUAGUUUAUAGGUUUAGCCGACACUGCCUAAUCACGCACAUGUGUGCUACCAUAAAUACUGCACAGCAUCUGAAAAUGGCAGAAUGUGCAGUCUUUGUGCGGUCUGGCAGUAGACUGUAGCAGACUGCUCACAUGCACAAUGUAUAUUUUCUAGAGAAACCACGAGAGUGUACUAUCCACCUGCCAGAAUUCUCUGCCAGUACAGAGCAGCAAGUGCUCGCAUGUUCAUGAUCAUGAAGAUUGUGACUGCCACUGCACCCUUCGUGAAAAUAUGAUCACAGUGCUCCAUGGCCAUUGUAUGAUUGUUGUAUGGACACGCAAUGAUUGUGCAAAACUGUGCCUGCAUUGUUCAGGAAGCUUCGUUAUUUGCUGUUGGCUACUUUGCGGCUCAGCAGGAGAUCUCCUUUUCUCAAAGUGUUCCCUGAGCUGUGCAGACUCGCACACAUAUGAAUCUCACUGUUAUUUUGUGAGAGCCUGAACACGUGUGCAAGGCUUAAUGGGCAAUGUGCAAGACAGUGUGCAACCUUCCUCAAGGUACAGAGAAGUUGGUGCCAAAGUCUGGGUGUUUAUUCUUUUGCCUAGUCUUCGAUGUGGCACGCAUGCAGUGCUGUGGCGAGAUGCAUUUGUAUUUGUGGUUGGUGGCACGCCUUUGAAUAAAGGUUUUGAGAUUGCCUUGA